AUGACGCCUGAAGCAGCGAAUGAUGCACUCAACAUCACGCUGGCGACGUUGCAAUCGCUCAUCAAGCGUUGCAUCCAUUUGAAAUGCGUGAUUGGCGCGGGCAAAAGACUUAAAGCUUUAUGGGGGAAGUGCUACAUCAUUUUUUCCCCCCAGCUCUUGUCCUGUGCAGCCGUUGUGCAACAAUACUCCAAGGGUGGCACCUUUCAAACUUUGCCUGACUGGAACUCUGUGGUCGACGAUGAUCCACGCAUCAAGAGCCACCCACACUUCCACAAGACGUUGGACUACUGUCCUCUCGCUGCAGUUGGAACUCUUCCCAUAUUGGAGGCUCAAGCUACCGGGUCGUCAUCUAUUGUGCGGCCUCUCACUGUUCCAGCAGCUGUCGGUCCUUUCACGAAACAAGCUCCCGCAGUGGAAGUAGAUUCGACUCCGCUGUCCCCAUUGCCAACAUCUCUGGAGCUGGAACCUCUGACUCCUCUGGCUCCAUCAGUCGCUCCUGCUACACCUUCAACAGCUCGGCACAAGCUCUUUGUGCCAGGCAAUAUAUCGAAAAAGGUCAAGGUUACUCUGCACCCUAGGAAUGACAAGAAGAGACAGGUGGAAGAAGACGAUACCGACUCGGCAGGAAUGGAACUACAAAGGCAGGAAUCAUUGUGGUCGGCGGUAUCUCAAAAUAUAUUGGACCCGGAAGCUCAGGAUGCCAUGGACACUGCCUCUGACAAUAGUUUUUGGGAUGCAGAAACUAGGGUGGGUGACUUUGAGCUCUGGCACGGUGCUGAGUGGAACUUACUAUACAAACAUUUCAGCCUAAUGAUUGGGGUCUGGAUUCAACGAUUGCUACAGCAGUGGAGCAUUCAAUUCGCUACCAUCCGUGGAAAUGUGACAAAUGCAAGAAAUCAGGCAUACCUUGCAUUGUUCUGCCGGACAAAAAAGUCGGAUGCACACGACUCAUUUGCGCAAAUUGCGACAGGACAAAGGUUGCAGGCUCAAGCCAAAGCAACGGCGGUGACACAAGCAGCCGAUCGUCCCAAGCGCUCCAGGUCGCGUGUCCCCAAGGCCCGAGCCGUCAGCGAGAUGCUGAAAAAGGACUCUCCGGCCUCAUUGACCAUGCCAGCUGUGUCUUUAUCCACCCCUGUUGUGAAAGAAAUUGCCGAACAUGGUAAUGUUGAGAAACAACCGAUAAACUUGACAGUGACUCCUGUGGAAGAGACGCUGUUCUCAUUCAUUGCCAAACCCGGGCAGACCAGCCAAUCGGAGCAAGUCCACCCAAUGGGAGUCGACCAUCCAGCGGAACAAGAGCCAACCGCAAAAGACAUUCUGCAGGCCAUCCGGGACCUUGGAAACAAGUUUGACCUCCUUGCCACUAAUGAGAGGGUGGAUGCAUUGGAUGCCAAGGUCAAUUCGGUGGAGGAAGUCUUUGGCCAUCGGCUGGCAACGUUAGAGCAACACAUCAAUUCAUCCGAUGCACAAUCGAGGGCGAUGUCAUCGUCGGUCGGACAUUUGACAAAUUGUCUCCGGGACCACAAAGACGACUUGGAAGCUCAUCGACCUCGCGUAAACACCACCACCUAUGCUCCUCUGCAGCACCCGACCGCUCAGCUUCCGGUGUGGCUCCAUGGCACCGGGGGCGUUGAUGAUGUGGGCAUCUCUACGGUCGGCAGACAGUGGACGCAUGCAUGGGACCCAUCUGUAGCGACUGGUGUGCAAGGCUGCCUCGAAACAUCUGCAUCGGCUACACAGACAGGUUAUCCUCAUGAUACCCCUGUUAUUCGCACAAAUUCAAUCCAAUCAUCCCGAUUGUCCAGCACGCCAUCCGCAAUGUCCGAUAAUUUCAUAUCUGAGUUCGCAAUGCCAACAAAGGAUGGCGGUACUUAUGAUCAUCUCCUAUGCAAAUUGCAUAUGUUCUUGAUUCAAGAGAAGUUUCAUUUUGGCGGAAAAGGCUGCCCAACGGAAGUUCUCGGAUACAAAUAUGUGCAAUAA